AUGGCCAUAAUCGCGGCUCAUUUCUAUGGGGAUCAUCAACACGAAAUUCACGCUGAAGGGUACAACAAUUCAGAUGGGUUUCUGGACCAGGCUCAAGGCUCAGAGAAGAGGAAAUAUGAUAGAAACUUGCUGAUCUCUCAGACUCAUAGUAAAACAGUCUCUACAAGCCCAGCCAGAAAUGAAUCCCUACAACGCAUUGAACGGCUGUGGGUUGAAGUGGGCACACAGUUUGCACGCCGAUGGCGUGGAUUUUUUACCAGGCUCGAACGACUUCAUAAGCUUGACAUUGACAAGCCGGGGCACCUCUGGCUGCUUAGUGUGCUCUUCUCAAGUGCACUCAAUGACGAUUGCCGACAAUUUCAACGAGAAUGGAAUUCCCAUCCAAUUCGUGGUUCUGAAACCAAUAAUCGAAGCCCUCAGGAUAUGCGUCUUCUAGGACAGGCAUUGUUAGGCAUCUACGAAGAUGAGUUCGAGGGGAUCCAUCCUGCAACUCUGCAGCGUUAUUAUGGUAUCGAUCGCAGAGAGACAAUCCGCCAUCUCAAUCAGACAGGUGCUGGCCACCCAAACGAUGAGUUAGAGAACGAGGAAGAUGGUGUUAUUGAUCGUAUCGAGCGGGAUCAAGCAAACGAUGUCCUACAUGAUGCCAUUGAGGUUCCUGAUGGUAAUACCCCUUUUCUGAAUGAGGAAGAUGAAAAUGUAUUCUUCGGGAUACUUGACGAGGUUAUUACUGAGGGUAUCAUACCAGUGGGAUAUAAUUUGCAGGAGGGUGAGGAUGACUAUGACGAAAACACAACAGAACAUCUACGAGUUGGUAGACGGAGGGAGAUAUAUGUUGAAGUAUCUUUGGCAGACCCUAUCUGGAGGACUCGUUCGAUGCUAUGGGCUCAGGCAGUUAGCGUGCUAGAGCAUUUUGAAGCAGAUGUAUUUUUCUAA